UCACUUGUGCGAGACUUUGCGAUUUGGAAGUUUUCCAUUGCUGCCAGCUGUGAUCUUCACCUGUGCUUUACUACACCCACCUUAAAUCAUCUACACUACUGUUACAUCUCAACAACACACUGACUAGAUAAACAUAUUCAGACAUACAAGACAUUUUAUUUACAAACCUACACAUAAUAUUCACUCACACACAAUAUCUUCCCACAAACACUGUUUAACUUUAAUUAAUUUGGAACAUAUUUAAAUACAUUUUACAGUUUGUAUUUUCCCAGUGGUUUUGGUCUAGAUAACCUGUUUUUUCUCCCCCAGUUUUUUCUCUUUGUCCAUCAGGAUGCCACGCAAGGGACGACGCUCCGAGGCCGCCAAGAAGAGAUGGAGGACCCUGGAGCAGGAGGACCUGCAUAGCAGCCAGCCGGACGUCGCCAAGCCCAGGACAUCACCACCCACCGCGCAGGCUUGGACACCCACCCAGUCUCCGGAGAAGAAGAUGUCCCGACUGCUGGACUCCCCGGACCAGGUGGUUUGCCAGGAGGAGCCCCGUAGGCCAUUGACCUCUCCUGUGUCACGCCGUGGGACGGGGCGUCGUCAUCGCGUGCUGAAGUGGCCGUUUUCCCCUGUGACUUUCCGUAGUCACAAGUUGGUCCUACCAGCCGAGGUCCCGGAGAAGAGGUUUGUUCUUUUGGUUGGUGACUCCCAUCUGCGUGCUAUCGCUGAGGGGUUCGUCUCCAUGCCAGAGGGUAACAUCUCCUUUGGGUUUCUUGCAACCCCUGGGGCCUCGGCGGAUGAGUUGAGGCGUGAGGUGCUGGGAGCAGUUCUGCCUCGGACCCCCGAGGUAGUCUGUCUUCUGGCACCCGGCAACAACUUGGAAGCCAGAAGGACCGUGCAGCAGUCGGGCGCGGACUUUGAGGGGCUGCUGCUUGCCGUCGGCAACCUCUGCCCUAACGUGGUUGUUGUGGACUUUCCUCCACGUCUCACCGUGGAAGAAGACCUGCAAGAGCUGCUGCGGCAGGAGUACCACCGUGUGGCUGCUCGGAGAAAUGUUCGCUACCUCUCGACAGUUGAACAUUUCCCCCGGAGCAGCUUGGACCUGUGGAGCAGGGAUGGCGUUCACCUGAGCGACGAUCCUGGGAUGAAGGUCCUUGCUCAGUUGCUGUGGGCUGCGUCCUACACGCAACUCGAGUUAAGUGCACUUAACAGAGUUGUUUACAGCUCAGGUGGAAAUUUAUUCACCUAAACUAAUUAUGUAUUGCUUUGUCAGACCGAAUGUUGUUCAAAUUCAUUCUGAAGGAAACUAAUUGUCAUGUUUGUCAUCGCUAAGGACUUCGGUCAUUUCAUAGUGCUUUCUCUUAGUUCUUCAAGUUUAUUUGGAUCAAUAAAUGUGUAUCUCAAGUAUCAAGAAGUGGGUUUACUUCUGUAAAUUACCAUUAAAACUCAUGGUACAAACGCAUCCUGA